UUCUCGCCCUGCUCGCAUUCUGGCAGCUGCUCUCCUUGGUUUGUUGCUAAAACUGCCUGCCUGCUCAGGCGAAGGCUUGUGUAAAGAUAAAUGCUGGCAACAACAGGCCGCUUCUGAAUCCUCCCCUGGAUUGUGGGGCAGGAUUUGCAUUCUAGGACAGUGCCGGGACCUUGAAAGGACUGCCCUAACUGGGCUUUGGGUAAAGGUGUAUUUUAGGGAGAAAACGACCAUUUAAAUGUUGCUUGGAAGCUGAGUGGGGGAUAAGCCUGCUGGGAAAUAACCCCCAAACCAACAACUACCAAAAAACCAAGCACAACAAACCACAAACCUUUACGAAUGAAAUGUAAGAUAUGUAUCUUUGUUAGUGGUUACAUAAGUCAGGUAUGACUUUCCAAGGAAAACUGGAGAUGAAGCUGCAAUGUUCUCAUGACUUCUCUCUGAAUAAUUUGAGCAGAGCUUUGUACUGCCAGCCAGUAUCUGGAUACCUUGGGCUUUUGAAAAUCCCUAGUUAUACCAAAACGCUAGGUGAUUUUUUUUUUUUUUUUUUUGGUGAUUAGGGUAUUAUCUGAUGUUUAUAUAGACCUAAAAAUGCAUUGACUUUAAUUAAGUAUCUUGAGAUUCUGUAAGAAAGAAGGCUGCAAAUUUAAGAUUAUUACAAGGAAUUUGGGGUGUUUUGUUUGUUUGCUCUGAAUUUACUUUAAUCAAAUUUCUGGUAAGAUGACUGAAUUAGUAUUGAAUUAUGUUGGAUCAAAAUAAAAUGUUCGGUAACUCUGCUAUUUACAACAGAGAAGUGCUAACUUGAUGAACUGUUACCUUUCAAAAAAGAUACCUCCAGCUAGUGCUGUAUGGCUUUUCAUUUUUUUAAUUUUUUUUUUUGCUUGUUGAUGCUGUUUGAUUCUUAAACAAUAAUUUACUAUAUUGUCUCUUCCAAGUGUGUGUGUAUUUAUUCACAGGUGCUUAAAGAGUCCUUAAUUUUUUUGACAAAAACGUCAAAUAUCUCUGAGUAAUUUUUCCUUAAAUAGGCUAUAAAUAUAUAAGCUAGAACUGCCACUGAGGUUUGAAAGUAUUCCAUGGCAUAUAAAGAUUUUUAAGCCAUUAAUUAAUUAAGAUCAGAAUUGAGCUUUUGUCUUGUUUCACAGCCCUUGAAAAUUUAAUUGAUAGUCUGUCCUCUGGACUUGACAGAUGUUUCCAGUUUCUCACUGCUUCUGCUCCUCCCAGUUUUUCCCAGCAGUUUCAGUUUAAUUUGACAGGACUCUGUCUAGUCACUGCAGUUGAUUAGCACAGGGAAAUUAAGCAGUUCUGAUAAUUCCACCUGGUGCUUCCAAAAGCUCACAGCACUUUCAGUCAUGGGUACAGCAGUAGCACUGAGUAGAGGGAUCCUAAAGUCAGAACUGGGUAGUAACAGUGGAUGAGAAGCAGAUGUCUCACUUUACAAGUAAAGAUGAAGCUCUGCUACAGUCUAUGCUUAGACAGUUGCUGCAGAGUGUGAAGGAAAAAAUCACUGGAGCCCCAUCAGUAGAAUGUGCAGAAGAAAUUCUCUUGCAUUUGGAGGAAACGGAUGAGAAUUUUCACAACUAUGAGUUUGUGAAAUACCUUAGACAAUAUGUAAAAAAUACUGUGGGACCUGUGAUUGAGGAAGAAACAGAAAAAUGUACCUCUGCUCAAAAUCAGGGUGAAAUAUCUGGCUAUGACACACUUGUCCAACAUCUUACUAAGAAGACCUGUGAAUCGAAAGAAUACAGAGAAAUGAUGCAUGCCUUGAAGAAUGUCAUGAUGAUUGUGGUAGAAUCUUUGAUUAACAAGUUUGAAGAAGAUCGGAUGCAUGAUAAGGAGCUGGAUAGUAAAGCAAAGAAAGAACGUCAGAGUGGCUAUUACACAGACAACUGUUCUGACAGUGACUCCUCCUUCAACCAAAGUUAUGCAUUCAUGAGUCAAGAACAAUUGCAGCUGCUCACAGAAAGGCUUGACCCUAUUCAGCCCAAGGAAAUUCGCCAAGAAGCUUUGCAGACGCUGUGCUUGGUCCCUGCCUCUGAUAUCCUGAGCUCUGAGAGUUGGCCAAGUCUGCGUAAGCAUCUGACGAUCUCUCUGGCAGAUCCUGAUGCAACCUUCAGUGAGAAAAUCCUUAGAUUCUAUGCAAAAACCUUUUCUUCUUCUCCAUUUAAUAUGACAAAAGAAGUCUAUACAAGUUUAGCAAGACACUUGGAGUUGUACUUUCUUUCUGGAGGAUAUUCUCUUCAUAUUUCAGCUGGUCUGGAUGUAACUAACUCAGAUAUAAAUCGUUUACUUAAAAAGGUUCGCCUUUUAAAUGAGUAUCAAAAGGAAGCACCAUCUUCCUGGAUUCGACAUCCAGAAAAGUACAUGGAAGAAGUAGUGGAGAGUACCUUGUCACUUUUGUCAGUAAAACACAAGCCUAAUCAUGCUGCCUCUCCAGAUUUCUUGAGUCCAAUGCACUUCUUGGCUCUGGUAGAUACCAAAGCAGUGUGGUUUAAGAAGUGGACGCAUGCAUAUUACAGCAGAAGAGUGGUAUUUAGGCUUCUGGAAAGGAAAUAUAAAUCCUUGAUUAAUGCAGCUGUCCAGCAAUGUCUUGAUUAUUUUGAAUUUUGCAAAGCAGCAGUUAAUAAAAAUUCCAACUUUUCCCAGCAGCACUGUUGUGAUAUGCAGAGUUUUUCUUACACUGGGCCAGAAUUGCAGUACAUCUAUUUUGUUCAUUCACUGUGCCUCUUAGGAAGAUUGUUGAUCUAUAAGCAAGGCCAGAGUCUCUUUCCAGUACAGCUGAAAAAUAAAAAAGAUAACAUAUCCAUAACUGAUGUGUUGGUAUUAUUUACUCAGCUUAUUUAUUACUCUCCAAGUUACCCAAAGACACCUUUGGCAGCACAUUCAGACAAUUAUUCUCCAGAAAGUCUUGUUAUGGAGAUCCUGCAAGUUUUUUGUGAUCAAACAGGAUGUGCUACUGAAUGUUUGUAUACAGAUGCAGUGAUAGAUGCCCUACUUCAUCCUGUUCAAAGUUUGCUGAGUGGCACAGAGGUGUAUAUAAACUGUCUUGAAACUGCUUUACUUGAUGUAGCUGAUAUUUUGGCAAGGAUUGCUGCUUCAGAAGAUGGUCUUUCUCUUCUUCUGUAUGGAGAAAAUGAAAAAAAUGCCAAAGGCAGUCUUACAGCCGCUCGUGUAAUUGUUCAGUUCACAAAGAAACUUCUUCAUGACGACAUUUCUCUCUUAUCUGGAUCUGAUCUUAUGUCAGUUAAAGGAGCUUUCAUUUUUGUAUGCCGUCAAAUGUACAGAACUUGUGAAGGCCUACAGAUGCUAAUUCCUUAUGCCUUGCAUGAAUGUAUUGCAGAGGCCUGGAGAAAGACAAGUUGGCUUUCAGAAAGAGUACCUACUCCUGUAACUGAUGCAGACUCCAUUUCAUCAAUAAGUCAAGAAUCAAAAAACAGUUUGUUAUGGGAAGAGACUUUGUUAGAUGCCUUGCUAAUUUUUUCUACUACACCCAAAGGACUAUUUCUGCUUCAUAGUACAGGUGCCAUGAAUGACUCUGUGAACUUUAUGGUAAACAGUUUAUCAAAAAAAAUCCAGACAAAUGAAUAUGAAGACUUUGGUAAUAGAAUCAUUGUUACACAAAUGGCAACAACACCAAUGGCUGCAGUAGCUCUGCAGAAUUCAGGCUUUAUAAAGGCACUUGUAACUGAAUUAUGGGCUCUUUUGGAGUGUGGAAAAGAUGAUUUGAGAAUAACCCAACCCAAAUCUACUCCAGUUGACCCUAUUGACCAAAGUUGUCAGAAGUCUUUUUUGUUUCUGGUAAACUUGCUCACUUAUCCAGCAGUUUUUGAGCUCCUGAGUAAACGAGAUAUACCAAAUAAACCCAUGUAUUCAUUCCGUGAAGUACCCACAGAUAUAAUUGAUAUCAUUGACAGGCUUAUAAUUUUGAACUCAGAAGCUAAAAUUCAUUCCUUAUUCAAUUACGAACAAUCCCAUAUAUUUGGUCUGAGGCUGUUGAAUGUGCUGUGCUGUGAGCUCAAUACCCUUUUACUCUUGGAGACUCAGUAUAAAGUGUCACAAGUUUUACUAACUGCUCAAGAGGAAAAUGUCACAGAAACGUCAGAAGGACAUGGAGUUUUUAUAAUUGAUGGUCUGUCAGUGGAGAGAAACCAUGUUCUUGUAAGAAUAAAUCUGAUUGGAGGACCACAGGAAAGGAUUUUGCCUUUGAGAGAAUUAGAUAAGGGCAGUGGUCUAUAUCCUUGGCCAAUGUUUUCAUCAUUCCCUGUGCCAAAGUGUUAUCUCUCAGAAAUUCCUAGGAAAGCUGAAUUCAGACAAGAUAAAGAUCUUGACAAGCUCUUAACACUCUUAAAAAGUCCAGACAAACCAACUGGGUGGGCAGAAAUUUGUAGAAAAGAGUUCUGCAAAGUCAUGAAAACCAGUCCAGAUAGUCUCAGUGGAUCAAUCUUGGCAGAAUUAAUUGAAAAGUUCGUGUCACAUCUUUCUGAAAGCCGAAUGGAUUGUUAUUUCAGCACAGGAAGCUAUAAAGCCAUGGAUGCAGAUGUGAAGAAAGAAAACCUUUCAUCUGUGCAGAAGCUUGGUGUUGAAAUGACAGUCAGAUAUGGAAAAUAUUUAAACUUGCUAAAAGAAGAUGCUGAAAAUGGGCUGUGCUUUGUGUUAAUGAAUUGUGAGGAGUUUCUGAAACAACAGCAAAGAACUGUGGUAUCUUCACUUUGCUGCUUGCAGGAGCACUAUGCUGGCUAUGACUGGUUUGCAUCUUCCAUCUUCCUUAUGAUGUCAGGGGACCGGGAGAAGACAGUGAUGUUUCUUCAGCAAUUUUCACGUCUUCUUGUUUCAGCAUUUCUCUGGCUACCAAGACUGCAUUUAUCUAUGCACCUGCCUGUUACAACACUGGAAUACGGCAUCCAUCCAGUCUAUUUUUGCAGUGCUCACCAUGUUGAAAUGUUGCUGAAAGCUGAGUUGCCCCUUGUCUGUUCAGCUUUCCACAUGUCUGGUUUCACUCCAUCCCAGAUCUGUCUGCAAUGGAUAACUCAGUGUUUCUGGAAUUACAUGGACUGGAGUGAGAUCUGUCACUACAUUGCCAUAUGCAUUUUCCUUGGUCCCGAUUAUCAAAUAUAUAUGUGUAUUUCUGUGUUCAGACACCUACAGCAAGACAUCCUGAAGCACACAGAAGCCCGAGACCUUCAGGUUUUUCUUAAAGAGGAAGCACUCCAUGGAUUUCGAGUGAGUGAUUAUUUAGACUACAUGGAAACCUUGGAGGAGAUCUACAGACCGAUGCUGCUGAAAGACAUGAGGACCAUAAGAGCACAGAAUACAUAGAUGAAGCAAACAAGCACUUUAUUUUACAGUUUUGGUUAUGUCCUUUAAAAGGAUGCUGAUUGAUUGAUUGAUCAAUCUCACCUAAAAUCAGCCAGGCUGUUGAAAUGUACAUACUGUAAAACAAAUAAGAAGGGAUUUCAGAAUAUAGUUUUUCAAAAAGACAUAACCUAAUUUUGAUAACCAAAUUUUCCCAGAUAGGUUAUGUGCACAGCCUCAUUUUCAGUUAGCACAAGGCAGCUUCAGAAGCCACCUGUAGGAUGCUGAAAUGUCUUCCUUAUAAAGCCUUGAACCUGUUCUCAAUUCAUUGUCUCUUUGUCAUCUCCUUGUAGCACCAUCCUAAAGCCUUCCUAUUUUGCUCAGGUCUGACAAAGGGAUUAUUUUUUAUAUUUAGAAACAACUGCUAGUGUGUAUUCAUGUGCAAGGAAAGUCAACAAAUGAAAACCAAAUUCUCUGUUCUGACUUUGUGGAUAAUGUUGAGAAAAUGGGAUGUUCGAAUACAUGUAAUGAAAAAAGACUUGAUAUUCCUGUCUUUUUUUUAAAUAAGAUAAAUCAUUUUAGAUAAUAAAGCAUUAUUAUCUUUCA